GAGGCGGGACCGCGAUUAUCUAAAAGCUCGCGCUUGGUUUCACUGCGUCGUCUGCUCUCGUCCCAUUGGCGCAGGUGAUCUGUCUCAGGAUGCGAGAGGAGAGCGGAGGAGAGGGGAAGAGAGAGGGGAAAGCGCCGAUGGAAAAGUGUUCAGGGCUCGGUUAACAAGAAAACAGGAUACCGGCCCGCUUCAUUUUGUCCUGGGCCACUCGGCGAUGAGAGAUACACCGCAAGGGGCACUUUGAGAUAUGAUGAGGUUUAUUUCUGGUUGGCAAUAGUACUAUGAUUUGGUAUGUGGCCACUUUGAUAGCAAGUGUAUUCAGCACCCGAGGAACGGCCGCUCAAGGUGCCCACGGAGUGCGAGAGGAGCCCCAGUUUGUGACGGCACGUGCAGGAGAGAACGUCAUCCUGGGAUGCGACGUGUCCCAUCCCCUGAACGGCCAGCCCUAUGUGGUGGAGUGGUUCAAGUAUGGAAUGCCCAUCCCCUUCUUCAUCAACUUUCGCUUCUACCCUCCUCAUGUGGACCCGGAAUAUGCUGGCCGGGCCAGUCUGCACGACAAGUCCUCCCUGCGGAUAGAGAAUGUGCGUUCAGACGACCAGGGCUGGUAUGAGUGUAAGGUGCUGAUGCUGGAGCAGCAGUAUGACACCUUCCACAACGGCAGCUGGGUGCAUCUAACUGUCAAUGCCCCCCCCACGUUCACAGAUACACCAUCUCAGUACGUAGAGGCCAAGGAGGGGGGUAGCAUCACUUUGACCUGCACAGCCUUCGGCAACCCCAAACCCUCGGUCAGCUGGCUGCGGGAAGGCAGCCUCAUGGUCAGCAGUGCCAAGUAUAAGGUGUCUGAUGGGAGUUUGACGGUGCUAUCCAUCACCCGGGAGGACCGUGGGGCCUACACGUGUCGAGCCUUCAGUCCCCAGGGAGAGGCCAUUCACACCACACGGCUGCUAGUACAAGGCCCUCCGUUCAUUGUAUCACCACCAGAGAACAUUACAGUGAACAUCUCACAGGACGCCUUCUUCACCUGCCAGGCAGAGGCCUACCCUCGAAACCUUACCUACACCUGGUUCUGGGAGGAGGACAACGUCUUCUUCAAGAAUGACCUAAAGCGCAGAGUCAGUAUUCUUAUCGAUGGUUCCCUCAUCAUUGCCCAAGUCAAACCGGAGGAUGCUGGGAAAUACACCUGUGCUCCUAGCAACAGCCUGGGCCGACCACCGACUGCCUCUGCCUACCUAACAGUGCAAUAUCCUGCUCGUGUGGUAAACAUGCCAUCUGUCAUCUAUGUGGCCAUUGGUCUGCCCGGCUUCAUCCGCUGUCCUGUAGAUGCCAACCCCCCUGUAACUCUGGUUAAAUGGAAGAAAGAUGGCCUCCCUCUCCGGAUAGAUAAGUACCCUGGUUGGAGCCAAAUGGACGAUGGGAGCAUCCGUGUGGCAGAGGUGACAGAGGACUCUCUCGGCACCUAUACCUGCAUGCCUUACAAUGCCCUGGGUUCCAUGGGAUGGUCCCCUCCCGCUCCCCUGGUGCUAAAGGACCCUCCCAAAUUCUCAGUGGUUCCUGGAGGGGAGUACAGGCAGGAGGCUGGGAGAGAACUGGUCAUCCCCUGUGAGGCAGAGGGAGACCCCUUUCCCAACAUCACAUGGAGGAAGGUAGGGAAGCCCAGUAAAAGCAAGCACAAUGUUCUGCCCCGAGGCAGCUUACAGUUCAAGUCACUCACAAAGGAGGACCACGGGGAGUGGGAGUGUGUCGCCACCAACGUUGCCACGAGCAUCACUGCCAGCACGCACGUCCAAGUCAUAGGCACAAGCCCCCACGCCCCCACCAGCGUCCAUGCGGUGGCGUCUUCCACCUUAGCCAAUGUGUCCUGGGAGGCAGGCUAUGAUGGAGGCUUCCAGCAGACAUUCUCAGUCUGGUAUGGCCAUGUGCUAAAGAGAGAGCAUUUAGGUCCACAUGAUUGGCUUUCCAUACCCGUGCCUGGAGGCCAUGACUGGAUGGUGGUGCCCGGCUUGGAGCCAGAGACAACAUACCAGUUCAGCGUCCUGGCCCAAAACAAGCUUGGCACAGGCCCCUUCAGCGAGGUUGUCACUGUGAACACACUAGUAUUUCCUAUAAGUACCCCUGAACCAUUGGUGCUGCUUACCCCACCACGGUGCCUCACAGCCAAUCGCACGCAGCAGGGAGUCCUGCUCACCUGGAUCCCGCCUGCCAAUCACACAGCACCUAUCCAGCAUUAUGUCAUGGAGUUUCGCCUGGGGGAACGAUGGGAGAUCCUGGACGACAGCAUUCCUGCUGGGGAGACGGAGUUGCUUGGCAGAGACCUCAUCCAGGAGGCGUGGUAUGAGUUCCGUGUCAUGGCCGUCAUGGAUGACAUGGUCAGUGAGCCUAGUAACGUAGUAGGAGUGUCCAGCACAGACUUCUUCCCUCCUCCAGAGAUGGUGGAGGAACGUGGACUGGCACGACCUGUGGUGGCUGGCAUUGUGGCUACCAUCUGUUUCCUGGCAGCAGCUGUCCUGUUCAGUACGAUGGCUGCCUGCUUCGUCAACAAGCAGCGCCGGCGGAAGCUUAAGAGGAAAAGAGACCCCCCUCUUUCGAUAACCCACUGCAGAAAAAGCAUGGAAACUCCGACUCCACUUACCCUCAUUCCCAGCGUCGAGCCCUACUGGGAGGGGCUGGACGCAAGCAGGUACAGGCCCCAACCUUCCAGUCCUCAGUCAUCUUCAGGAAAGGUGAGCCCAGAGAGCAUUCGUUCAAAGGCAUCCCCGUCAGAAUCAUCUGAAGAUAGUCAUGACCAGCGUGGGAAGAAACCACCCCCAAGUCCAGGGAAGAAGGAGGAACUGUCUUUAUACAUGAAGACCAAAAGAGCAAUAACAAGCAAGAAGUACAGCAUCUCCAAGCAUGAAGCUGAAGCAACAACACCCAUUGAACUCAUCAGCCGAGGCCCAGAUGGACGCUUUGUCAUAGAUCCCACUGAUGCAGAAAUGUCUGUUAAGCCUCGGCGAAUCGAGGGCUUCCCCUUUGUGGAAGAAUCAGACCUCUAUCCUGAAUUCCGGCAGUCAGACGAAGAGAAUGACGAUCCCAGGCCUCUGCCACCAGUUAUGGCCCCCCUUCGGCCUCACCAGAUUUCCCCCAUCUCCAGUCAGGAAUCCUACCUGCAACCUCCAGCCUACAGCCCUCGUUUCCAGAGGCCCUUCGAAGGUAUGACCAUCAUGGAGAGCAGUCGGCUCCAGGCCACAGGGCAGAUCCGAGGCUCUCUCCACCACAGGGCUUUCUAUGGCUAUCUAGGCCACCCUGGGGAUCAUGAUCCCCCACCUCCUUUUUACAUGCCUGAUACCAGUCCACUCAGCUCUGUCAUGUCCUCCCCUCCAUACCUUGCUGAAGGUCCUUUUGGUCACCCCAUGAUUCCUGAAGAAAUGGGGGAGGGUGAUUUCCCACAAUAUGCUGUCUCUGGUUUCCCACUUCCUCUGACACUCACCUCUUCCUCUCGUUCUCCGGAGAUUUGGCAGGGACUGGAUUUCACCUUUGCAAGUCUGGAGGGGCCCCAAUUCAUUUUUCCACCGCAUCACCCUUUGCAUCUCCGCCACGAUUCCCCCUAUCCUCCUCCACCUCAUGUUCUUCCCCUUAGUGCUUUCCAGCCCUCCUCCCUUCCAAUGCCCACUUACCCAGCUGUCCUGCCACUGGAGGCCCCAAAGAGCCACUCAAGCAAGUCUCCCAGCAAGGCAAAGCCUCAUGGCUCCCCAGCCAAGCAUUUAGCUAUGCAAGAGGCACAUUUAGGGCAGCUAAGACACACAAGCCACGGUAUGGGUGUGCCAGGUUUGCCUUACACCGAUCCAAUGGCCCAUAUUGUCCCUAGCACAUUCAGUAGUCUGGACACACGAUGGUUUGAAACCACCCCUCGUUUCAGUCCCAGACAGGCUCGUAGGAUGGAUUCCGGCAUGCAUCAGGUGGUUCUCCAGCCCUCCCGACUCUCACCGCUCACCCAAAGCCCCCUUAGUUCUCAUGAGGGCUCCCCAGAGAUUGUAGUACGUCCCCGGCCACGUCCCAGCAUUGUACAACCUCCCAUACCCCCAGAGAUGUCUGAGAUUACCCUCCUCCCUCCUUCCACAGCCAGCUUCUCAAGGAGAUCUUCCCCCUCUUCCUCACCUGCCCAAGGCCAGGGUAGCAGGAGAGCAAGUCCCAGCUACCGUUCCCACAUGGCCUUUGCCACCUCUGCAACCAGCUACCCAGCUUCCCAGUCCCCGUCACCCCCCAUGGAAAGCAGCAACAUAUUUGGGCAGAUGCCAUCUCAGAGGAGGACUGAGGAGGAGAUCCUUCCAUCUGAGCCCUCUCCACCCCAGUUGUCAGCUUCAGGAAAACGUCGAGGUGCGCCGAGUGCCCUUUCGGGGUCUGAGAGGAUUGAUGCACUGAGAUACCAACGUAUGAAAAAGGCCAAGAAGAUGACGAUAAACAACAAUAACUCCAAGACCAGAAAGAAAGCAGGUGUCUCCACCUCUCAGACCCAGCAGGCCUACACCUCUCAGGUACUCCAGCCCGAAGAAGCUCUCUACCUCCGCAAGAAGAAGAAACGGCCCAUCCUCCAUGACCCAUAUACUCGCUUUUCUGCUCUGCUGUACCGCCGCCAACCCCGGGAGGACCAGAAGGCUAUUUUGGCCAGCAUGGACAACAUAGACCUAGACCAUGCCACUCUCCUCUAAAAGCCCUUGAGGACAAGGUCACAAUCAUGCAGUACGCCCCCAUUCCAAAAUAACACUAGCUACACACCAGAGGGAAAAAACAACACUAUCAAUUACAGAUGUUUGCAAAUUAUUAUCUAUUAAGGGUAAUAGCACUAAAUUUCAGCAUUCAGAUUUGGUGUAUUCUGUAGGUACUCCCUUGGUCAGUUCAAUCUGCAUUAGUAAGCAUUCUGCAAUGUUCACAAACUAAUCUGUGAUGACAAGAAAUGUACUUGGAAGAAUCAGAAAUCAGAUCAAGAAACCACAAGAAUUAUUUUCAGAGACCAAACUUUUUUCUUUCUUUUUUCAAUAAAAAAGUACAGAUUAAUGAUUGUUUCUAAAAUGCUGGUCCCAACAGUGAAAUAGCAGCAUUGGUGAUUGGAAUGGCAUCACCAAGUCUUGGUUCUAAGGAUUUCCCUCUGAAAAAGUUUUGAUUAUUUUUACAACUACUGAUUGGGAUGCCCAAAUGCACAAGAAUAAUCUGUGUAUGCUUAAAUCAAGUAGUAUUCCCUUUAAAAAAUGUGACUUUUAACGAUUCAAAUCAAAAUGAUAGCUGCUACAUUUUUCCAAAGUUUUACUCCAGUGCAAAAUGAUUAACUCAAAAAGAGGCAAUACAUGAUUACCAGCUUUCUCUUUUUUUAAAUCACAGUUUUCCUACUCCAGUGUUACCAUUUUUAAUUUGAAAGGCUUCUAUAGGCUUGGGUCAUGUUUCUUGUGCUGAGCCAAUCCCCCAAAAAUCCCUGCGGGUCUCCGUUUACAGCACCUUCCACGGGAUCCUCUCCGCCAGCAACGUCUCUUAUCUGCCGAGAAACUCGCCUCACAAAUAUGGGUGUUCUCACUUCCUACCAAGUAUACCUCAGAGCACAGGACACGAGACCACACAACCACCAGGAUCAGCCAGCAGAACAAACUAGCCUUUUUCAUCUCUUUAGUCAUUAUUGUGUUCCACUUGCUUUUCUUAUAAUGACGUGUUCUAGUUUUCCAUUCUUAUAUGUACUUCUUCUUGUUUAUUAGAUGUACAUUCCUUGAGUUAAUUCAGUUUGUGUAUCUUGCAGAAUGAUAAUUCUGUCACAUAAGUGAAGAAAUUCACCUUAACUAAUUUCCUCAUCUUUUCCGCUCUGUCACAAAUGAUCAGGGCAACGACCCUGAACUACUUCACUUGGCUUACAGAAGGAAUUCUAUUGACUUUCAAUAUAUGUAAUUUCUUAUUGAAUAGAUGUCAUUCAGCAGUGAAUCACACAGGGUUUCACCAGGGGCUUACUGAUACAUUUGCAUUUCACACACUUAAAACAACCAUUAAUAGGCACAAUGAAACGUGGUAAUUACUUUCAGUCAUUCUAUAUAAAGUCACUUAAUUGCUCCAAUUAUCUGCUCUGUCUUUAGCUUCUCAUAUCUCAUAACGGUUUGCACUUGAGCAAAAUCUUGUUCAUUUCCUUUGUGUGUGUUCCUGUACAUCUCCUCCAGUUCUUCUACUUUAGGUAGUGUAGAGGGUUCCAAAUCCUAUUCAGAAAGCACUAUAGUUAUGCCAAAAAUAAUUCAAUAAAAAAACAACAACGAUAUGUAGUGGAGGAUAAAAUUUUGUGCCAUAGUAUAUGAUAGUAUUUUUUUCAUACAUCUUAGAGGGCAUAAAAACAUUGGCUUUGUUUGGCCUUAAAGGUGCUUCUGGGUGGUUGCCUGCUUCACUUGUGUCUAAUUUAUGUGUCUAUUUAUUUCUAUUUAAAUUUUUUAUUUGUGUUUGUGCGUGCGUAUGUAAGUAUCUGCCUCUUUUGGCCAUUUUAUAUUCAUAGCCUUUGUAUUUUGUCUCUUUAUGUGCUUUUCAUUUGAAAUGGAAAUGUUGAGAGUACAGUCAUACCUUAAGAAAAUAGUAUGUGGCAUUGAAGGCAACACAAAGUGAGCCAAACGAUUUUGUUGUAUACUGCUACACUGGUAUAAGCCGUUUUGUUUACAUGUUGCUCAGUUUUACUUUGAAAGGUUCCAGUGACUGAGAUGAUUAAAUUCGCCUGUCUAACUGACAUGGAAAUGUGGAUACUAAGGGGCUAAAAUGAAUUUUAUUGACUGUAUAAAGGAAGUGCCAUAACAUCAGAAACUCAACUCACACAUUACACUGUAGCUCACUCAUAUUUUUGAUUCAACAAAGGAUGGGUGUGUAAUGUAACUGUUAAUGUUUUUGCGCUUUUGGUUUUGCUCAAAAUGCUCAGUUUCUUCAGAUGUUAUAUUCACUUGUAGCUGUUACGGUAACAUAUCUUGGGCUCCCAAUGCAACAUCGAAGCAGUGUCCAUGUUUUGCUGUGUGUUUGGAGUGGUAUUGCUCAUAGGUAUGUUCAGUGGUGAUGUGCCGUUUUUAUGUAUUUAUUUAUUUGGGUAAUUUUAUAUUGUGAUUUUGAGCAGAUUCUGACACAGCUGCAACUCCAACAUAGUCUUCUAAAUUCAGCCACAAUUUAAGUGAGUAAUUUCCAUUGCUUAAGAUAUUUCCACAAUAAAUGCUUACAAAAGGAACAAUUCAAUUCAGUUUUAUUUAUAUAGCGCAGGUCUAGACCUCUUUAUAAUAUUAUUUACAGAGACCCAACAAAUCCCACCAUGAGCAAGCAUUUGGCGACAGUGGCAUGGUUUGAAAAAUUCUGCUCUAACAACUGACUUCUCCUCUCAUAUUUGAGUUUUAAAGUGCAGGAGGAGUGAAAAGUAGAUGUGAUUUUUUUCAUUUACAUCUAUUUAAUAAAACAGAGAAUACUAACUACUAAGUCUCCUGAGAGCAAGUAUCACACAUAAAUAGACAAGCAAAAAUAAUUGCUAAUAAGUGUCUUAACUCACGACCAUAUCUAGUAUACUGGAAAAAAGUUAACAAAUGCAUCAUACAGAUGCAUUGCGGUUGCUUUAGUAGUUAAAAAAGCAGCCAUUUUACUAAAGAAGCUAGUGCCUUUAUUUUAUGAUGGAAUUAUUAUGUCUGCAAGUAUUGUGUCAAUAUAAUGAUUUAUUGUGGAAAUAACUUUGAAAUAAAAUUUAUAAAAUGUAUUGUUAACAUCUUUAACUUAAGUGAAACCACAAUCUCUACUUCCAAAGAUAACAAAGUCAGCAUGAAUAUUUUCAGUGAGAAGGAAGUGGCAUGAAAAUGCACAUCGAACACCACGAUCAUUGAUCAUUGACGAAUCCUAAACAACGGCUACUGUCCACCUCUUUGAAUGUGGUGAUAUUUGAAGGACUGAGCAGACAAUAGUUAGCUAACCAAGAUAAAAGAGAACAAGGAACUACCAUGUGACACCAACAUUGUUUUUACAUUCUUUGUAAGGCACUAACUGAUGUAGUGACUGAAACGUAUCAGUGAAGAAGCCAUCUCAUCAUAGGUGCUUGAGCAGUGGUGUCAAACAGAGGCUCUUCUUGCAGCCCAAGGUGCUAAGCAAACCAUAAAGUGAUGCUGUACUAAUGAGUGACCUUCCAUAUAAGUGAUUACAAAUGCCACUUCCAUUUUCGCAACUGUGUCAUUGUUGUAUUUUAGGAAGUUUUUUAUAUAAAGAAAUGAGAAAAGGCUGCACUGCUGUCUAUCUUUAAAAUAAUCUGUGGUUAGAAGGUGCUUGUUGGAGUGGUGGUUGGAUUCAAAAUCACACUGACAGAGAAACAAGGACCUCUUCUUCCAUAAAAGCCUCUAUUAUGGCAUACCUACAGAGAUAUUUAAAAAAGUGCAAGCACUCUGAUGCAUAAUGUUCUACAAGUCAAAUGUCUAAUUGUUGCUGUUGAAUAUCAUUGUUUAUAUGCCAUUUAUAGAAAGGUAUUUGUUAGAAUAAGAAGAAGAGUGCCAUAGUUUCCUUUCAAGAGGACAUUUUGGUUUAUUGAAUGUUUCUCUGUAGACCUUCUGAUGUUUGUGUUGCUGUGGGUCGUCUUAGCAGAGCUCUGGAGGGAAUUCAUUGAAUGAAAGAAGGCACUGGGUUUGUUUUGUUGAAAGACUUUGGCAUUGUACUUUCUAUGCCUGCACAAUAGAGGGGACAGAAGUCAUUGCAUAUAACACUGUGUAUGAAAAGACAAGCCAAACACAAUAGGGACCGUGUGUUUGCCAUCAAUUAACAAUUCAUUCCCCAAUUAGGACUGUAAUAACUAUAUUUACAUUACUAAGAAAUAAGCAAGAUAUUGCUGUUAGGUAAGUUUGGGAAUCUAACAUGCCCUAAUAUUGGGAGAGCAUUUCUUACAAAUUCUUAUAAAACAAUCACUAUUUUCUACCAAUAAUAUAAGGUUUUGGAAUAGAAUCAAUAUUAGAUCAGUAGAAUAGGCAUUGAAAAGUCCUGCAACUUCCUUUAAAAAGUUUAAAUCAAGAAUUUAAAACAAAGCUAAAUGUAUUAACAAUGAUAGCUUGUAAUGCACUUACUGUACUGUACCAACACAUUGUUCCAUUAUAUUGUUUCUGUUGAGGAAUUAACUUUACAAUUCAUUGCAUACAUUGUAUCUGCAAAAUCAUAAUUGAUGCACUUUGCUAACUUAACACUGAACAUAUUGUUCCGUGUUGUAAUUAUCCCGCAUUUAAAGGAAAUCGGAACACUGACAGAUGUGGAAAAGACCUAAAAUAUACAGAAGAUUCUUUAUCGGAAUUUGUAGUUAUAAUUAGUCUAUAUAUUGUAAUGUAAAAUAUGAAAUUGCAUAUUUUAUUACAAUUGGUCUAUAAUAGGCAUGCAGUUACAGAAAUUAAUAUAAAAUAUAUUCACUUUUUUCAAUAAGGAAAUAGUUUUGGUGUAGAUGCUGCUGUGACUGUUUGCAAAGCCAGUAUAUUUUCAAGUUCAAGUCUGAGAGUGAAGUCAGAGCACAGUGGAAAUAAUAAAUGAACUGGGUGAGCCUCUACAUCUCCUCCAAAAUGCUUCGGGGACACCACAUCCAAAACGAUAAACUAACUGAACUAAAGAAAUGAAAUGAAGAAGAAAUGUACAUCGUUUCAUACAAAGUGAAGGUUCAGUGGUAUGAUUUAGUUUUUUUAUGUUUUGGUUGAAUGUAGACAGAAUGAAUACCAUGAAAACCCAACUAGAGAAAACCCUGAAAAUUCAAACCAGCGGUGGUGGGAAAUUGUAGCUUUGUGUGACUGGGCAGUUAUUUCAUCACCAAGGGCUUUAAUGAGACUUAUGUGGAGUGAGGACACUGUGAGCUGGAUGGGUGAGACUUCUUAACAAGGCUGAGGGUGAGGUCAGAUCCUCCUCAACAAAGAAGUACUGUAUACCUCUUAAUGUGCCACUGAGAAAUGUGUCCGUGUACAUAGUGUAUAGUGAAAGAUAUUACUUGCAUGGUAUAAACAUUUGAAUGCUACUGACAAAAAUGGGGGAUCACCACUACCAGAGCAAACGUUGUGUAGCUGUGAUGUGUAAGAAAAGCGAUCAGUGAUCUGUUUGGUCCCAAAUUUUGAAGCAAAAGCUAUGCUUACCUGAAAGGUAAAAUAAGGCUUUUAAACUGACUAAAAUGCUGUUUUCCCAGUGGUGCGCUGGUAAAGGACAAACAAUUCAGUCAAACCACCUACUGUACUGGCAGACACAAUACUAAUGUUACUCUGAACAAAUAACGCUGCUGUACACUUCUACUGCUAAUAACAAAACAACAUUUGAAUUACAACAAGACUUACAGGUUCAAAUGUUCAAAUUUUACCCUUAAGGCAGUUUUGCCACAGUAGCGCUGAGAUGCAAUAAAGGCACAUGCCAUGAGGUUAGAUCAGUUCAGUGGCUCUGAAGCUGUUACAACACCCAGAAUUGUUUCUAGAUGAUUUGGUAAUUAGGGCAGGUAGAUUUACUCUUUACUACUUCUGUGAUGUCUAGCAAUUGAUAUUUUUAUAGUACAUGUUAGGUGAACGUUACCUCACAAACUGUAGUGUGGAGUAAAAAGAAACAAGUCAAUUUUGAUUUGUCAAAUUGCAGUCGGACUUGUGUUAACUACAGUAUGUAGAUGUACACUUAGAAAAUGACUGAUUCUUUGUGAAAUACCCUAGCUCAGAAUUAUCAUGGAUUAUGUACCACAAUGGGGGUAACUCUGAUUUACACAUACAGUAUACUGUAACUUUGUCAUAUGAGGCCCCAAUAGUGCUACACAUUUUGAGAUAACAGUGAUCAUUUGCAGUUGAUGGUACAAUACAAAACUCUGAAAUAGCUAAUUAAAAGAUCAUUUGUAAAGAAAAUCUCAGUACUGUAUCACUCUUGACUCUUGGCUUUGGUGUCAUUCUGCUCUGGCUUAACAUAUUUUAAGAUGCAUUAAGAGAGACUUAUCAUCAUAUUGUUGGCUUUUAUCCCAUACGCUAAGAGUGGAGAAUCUCUGGUGCUAACAUGCCGCGCAAGUUAAAAAACAUUUUUCUUUUACUUAAUGGACCAUAUUUAGUUGCUCUUGAAAUGCACCUCAAUGUACCCGACACCUAAAACUGCCAUAUCGUUUUCCUUAUUUCCUCAAAAAAAAGAAGAAGUAAAAAAACAUUUUUAGCAAAUUUAGCUAUUUAGACGCGUGCUGUGAGUUUAAUCAUAUCACUGAGAUUCCUGUAAAUAAAUAGACAAAUUGGUAUUUUGACUCAUGGUCAGAACUGACAUACUGCUCCCAAAAUUAUCUUUGAUACAAUGAUAUAGUGCAAUGGAAUACAUCACAAAUCACUACUCCGUCUUUCAAAUGAAAUACUAGCUCACAGGCCAGGAAAAUGUUACAACUAACUUUCCUUAUAAUAAAAGUAGAAGCCCAUUAAUAAAUUACAUGAUCAUAUUUGAAUCUGUCAAACUCUUUCGGGGGGCAUUUUCUUUAUUGUCAAGAACAUCCUUUAAAAGAAUAGGGGAUAUUAUAGCAGAUACUUCUUCCAGGAACUAUAGGCUGAAUCACAGGCAAAUUCCAUGACAAACCAAAACAAGAGCUAAUAGCAGAAAUAUUAUCUCUUACUGACAGGAAGGACACAUUGAGGCAGAGACUUUCAUCUAAACUAAACUUGAGAAAUAGGCAAGCUCAUUUAAAAUCAGUCUUUGUGUAAUGCAAAACACUGCAGAUACUUGCCUUCAGUGUAUCGAUACAGCAACAUGGAGGAAAGUAUUGAGAUAUUAUAAUGUAUCAACUUUUGUCCAAACUUGAGUGUACAAAAGGCAUUACAGAUUUGAGAUUUUAGAAAAAGUUUCGUUCCACCGUGUAAAUAAUAUCUCAAAUAAGCAUACCAUGUCAUAUAUAUAUAUAUAUAUAUAUUUUGUAGAAGAAAAUAUGAUGCACAUCAACUAUAUUGAAGACUGAGUGGGAACUGAGUAGUGUAGGAUCUGCUUCAGUGACACAUAACAUGAUGUAACAGACCAAUGUCUACAAUAUAUGUGAGUGAUGGAAAUCUUUUAAAAGCUAGAAAUUAGUUUAAGAAUUUAAUAUUAUAGAGCCAGGAAAUAUAGAGAAAGAAAUGAUAUAUAUGUGUGUGUAUAUAUAUAUAUAUAUAUAUAUAUAUAUAUAUAUAUAUAUAUAUAUAUAUACACACAGUAUAUUGUCAUGGAACCAAAAUGGUUAUAUGAGUAUCUAUAUUUGGGGACAGUACUUGUUUUCAAGAAUGUAUAAGUCUAUAUUCUAUUAUUUUUAUAUCAGUGUGUUGCUUUAUACUGUAGCAAUGCAGAAUCUUACACAAGUAGAGAAAUAUGACGUGUGUUUUCAGGUUUUCAGUUGUGUACAAAACAAAAGAGAAUGGUGCACCAACAUGGCACAUGUCAUUGUACUGUAUAUCUCACUGUCUAUACUCAGAGACUCUCAGAGAAGAAUACAGCAAACUACAGUAGUUACUAUAGCAACGUCCAUUGGUGUGAAUAGCAAAUGUAAUUGUUGAAUUAUUUGUGGGCCAUCAUCUUACCACACUUACCAUUUUUUCUUUUGGGGACGGUGAUUUAGCUCCUCGCUAAUUUGUUAUUGUUGUUUUUUGGGUCAAUUACCCGGCUAGCUUCUGCAGUCACACGUUCAUCUUUUGAAAAUAUUUUUUUGGCAUGAAAUAAUGGUGAGAAUCAUUUUCCAUACUAUGGUGCUCUCUUGCAAUCUGUAUCACAGCAGAGCACAUAAAUAUAAAUGUAUAAUCAUCUAAUUCACAAACUGUGCAGAUAGAAAUGUUUCACAGUGUAUAUUUAGAGUAUGUAUGUAACAGACACAUGCUUCAUGAUGCUGCUUUGAACUGACAGAAGGGGAUCCAAAUGUUUGCUUUUGGUUUGUUUUUUGGUUAUAAACAGAAGCAUGUGCAAGUUAAUGCGAUGAACGCUUAAAAGGGGAGGUUGAGCAUUGCAGCAGCUGCUAAAAGUUACUCCAGACAUUGGUGACAUUCAAUUCAGUGCUGUACAUUGCCAAAAACAUGUCAUAUACAUUCUGACAACUGGUGCUAUUUUAAAAAAAAAACAUCUGUGGUGCUUUUUUUUAAGUUAGUUAUUUCCUUGCUUCAGACAAAAUGUAGCUACACAAUCCUGUACUGUACUGUAGGUUGCUGUUUGGCCAGUAAGUCAUCAUUUGACCUGGUUCGGUCAUGUGUUUAGAUGGUUUUCUUUGGCUGUUGUUUCAGGGAAUACACAGAUCAGAUAGUACUAACAUCUUGAGUGGCAAAUUUUAAAGCAAGGAAAUUUAAUAGGACAUUCAUUUGAAUACACAUGUCAUAAUGAUUUUCUUGGGAUUGAGUUUACAAUUUUCUUGUUAAUUUUGGUCUGAACUUCACAGUGCUUCAAAGUCUAAUGUAUUGGUGGUUGCAAAUAGUAUCCACACAUUGUGUUUGGUGCUGAGUGAACAUAUGCUCACCAUGACUUUUGAUAUGGUAUUCAUCUUAAACAUUCUAAUCCCUCUAUAGUCUUUCUGUCAGGUCAAGUAAACAUACUAACCCCCCCUGCAGUUACCCUUUUAUUGUGCAGUAUAAGCAACAUCAACAUGGUGACAGGACGGAGUGAAAUUAAGUCAAUAGGACUGGUUCUUCUGCAACCAAACUACCCUGAAACCCACCACUAGAUGGAGGUUGUUGCUUAUAAGGGACCUGUAGUGUUACUAUGUUUGAAAGACCAGAGAAAGAAUCAGAAUAUUGUCUUAUAAAGAUGCUGUUUAAAACUAGUUUCAAAAGUUUGCUGCGAACACUCAACUCAACUUUUUGGAGCCUCUAUACAUGAAAAUGUUAUGUUUAUAUACAAGUUACAUGAAGCUGAUUAUCUCUUCUUUUCAUCACAAAAUGCAAUACAAGUGGAAGAAGGACAAACUGAACGCACUGUCUCCUCUUAAUUGUUCGGUCUUCCUGAGAUGUGUAGAACUGGUUUGAGUUACUGGUUUUUGUUAUCAUGACCUUCUGAAAAACAACAAAAACGUGUGAGUGUGUUCACUGUUAGUUACAGCCGUAGACAACUCAGUACCUCAAAAUGUCUCUUCGUGGAAAUCUCUAGUCCAGAUAUGUAACUACUCAGUUUUUUUUUAUGUUCACCAUCUCUGAGAAGUCAGUACUCAUUAUGCUUUUUAUAUUUGUUGGCACAAACACUAAAAAGAAUGUAUGGCUAUUGUAAUUCCUGCUCACCCCCAUUCUUCCUAAAAAUUGAAGCUUUUAAAGCAACUAAAUUGAACUGUCAGUUUUUUGUAUUUCAAAUGUCUUGGUAUGCUUGUUGUAGUUGUAUAUUCAUAAUGGUGUAUAUUACAUCAGUUUUUAUUUAUUAAAAUGUUUAAAUUUUC